UCCAACUGAAUACAUGAUGAGUAUGAUGACCAUAGCAUCUUUUCUCUCCGCAGCUUUGCUGUUGCUGGUUCCUGGGAUCCUGACUGAAAAGGCUUAUGGACCAAACCUCAUCGAGUUGACAAUAGUCAACAGCCUCUCCAAUGCACCCAAUGAGACCUACAGUGCUGACAUGGUGUUCAGAGGGAUCCUACUCGGUGCCAUGAGGAGACUGCAGGAGACCAAUUCAGACUUCAAGUUCACCUACAGAGAGGACCCAAACUAUGGUCCUUUCCUGGAGAGUGUGAAUGGUGUAGCUGGGGUCAAUGCUGAGCACACUUACUGGGAGCUCCUUGUUCAGACUGGGAAGAAUGGACCCGUGAUCAGACCUGAUGUGGGUAUUGGCUGUUACAUCCCAGAACCAAAUGACCGCAUCAUCCUGAAAUUUACAAAAUGGUGAACAUUGCAUGAUUUGAAAAAGUGCUGUUGUGCAAUUUAUUACAUGGAAAAAAGGAAGGAAUUCAGUCAUUUGGAAUGUCCAAUGUUAAGACCUUGUUUAGAAUUUAAAUAAAAAGAUUUUCACCCUGACAUGAUACUGUUGUUGAUUUAAAAGAACAUUUAGAACAAAAU